AUGUCGGCCAUCUCAUAUAGUUUGACAUUCCUAGCCAUUGUGGUAGGCUGUCUGGUUGCCAUUUCCAUCUACGUUUUCUACCAGAGUCAGGUGACUGAAUCACAAGAAGAAUUGGUUUCCUUGAAUCUGCACGAGAAAAACCUCAUCCCUGCUCUCCCAGGCGUGGUACUGACACCUGUUGGUUUGUUUAUCUUUGCCUGGACGGCGCGAGAAUCCAUCCAUUGGGUUGUGCCCACUCUCGGCAUUGCGAUACAUGCCGGUGCCACCUUCGGUGUUUUCCAGGCCAUAUUGACAUACCUCCCAAUUACUUAUCCAGAGUUCGUCGCCUCACUCCUUGCAGCAAGUGACUUUACACGAUCGGCUACAGCGGCAGUUAUUAUAAUUGUCAGCACUUAUAUGUACGACGACCUCGGGGUCAGCAAAGGUGUUACUCUCUUGGGGAGUAUUUCCGUUUUUGGUAUCGUUGGCAUGUGGCUGUUUUGGAGAUUUGGAGCUAGGCUAAGAGCAAGGAGCAGCUUUGCAUCCUCGUAG